GCUGCUGCUGCGGGGCAGGGCGGACAGAUCGCUCCGUGGACAGGGCGGAGGUCACAUGACGUCAGGUGUGAUCUGUGUGGAUGUGAUGCAGAGCCCCGUGAGGAGGCGGACGGUUGACGACAGUCAUGGGGGAUCAAGGAACGGACUCCGGUGUGACCGGGCUGAAAAGAGGGGAUGUUGAGGGCCUGUGUCGUCAGAGGAGGCCCAUGCUUCACUGCUGGUUCCAGGUCCUGCUCGGUCUAGUGCUCGUGGUGUUGUUCUUCAGUCUGUCGAGCAGCUUGCUGUCGUCGUGGAGCCCCUUUCCACUCCACGAGCACUACCAGUUUUGGAAUAUGACCCAAGAGCUUCAACUCUUUCAGUCUGACAAAGCGCUUCCUACUGUAGCGCCUACGGGUAGUCAGUACCACGAAGCUUACCCACGCAACUACCACUUUAUUAUGGAUAACAAAGAGGUGUGUGAAACCAGAACCCCUUUCCUGGUCCUGAUGGUUCCGGUGGCACCAAGUAACGUGGGAGCUCGGGACGCCAUCCGGCAGACAUGGGGCAACAGCAGCAUUGUUCGGGGAGAGGUGGUGCUCACUCUCUUCAUGCUCGGCCUCUCAGGAGGAGAUGGCGUUGAGCAGCAGCAAGAGAAGCUCAAACAGGAGAAUCUUCAGCACUACGACCUGAUCCAGAGUGACUUCAUGGACACCUACAUCAAUCUGACCAUCAAAACCAUGGUGAUCAUGGACUGGCUGGCCACCCGCUGCCAAACAGCCGCAUACGCCAUGAAGAUUGACUCGGACAUGUUCUUGAACAUUGACAAUCUGGUGACAAUGCUGCAGAUGCCUGUAAUCCCCAAGGAGAACUACCUGACCGGGAUGCUUAUGUGGGACAGGCCGGUUGUCCGUUCAAAGGACUCCAAGUGGUAUGUCUCUGAGGAGUUGUACCCAGAACCCUUGUACCCGACCUACACACUGGGCAUGGGAUAUGUCUUCUCCAACGAUCUUCCAGAGAAAUUCGUGGCAGUCUCAAAAUCAACAAAGCCCUUUCACAUAGAGGACGCUUACAUCGGAAUGUGCAUGAAAAAGCUUGGACUUGCGCCCACAUCGGCACCAAAUCCCUCCCAGUUCAAGGCCUACAACGUGAAAUAUGAUCGCUGUGAAUACUCCAAGAUCAUCACCUACAUCCUUGCCACUUCACAAGAGUUGAUAAACUACUGGAACGACUUGCACAAGCCUGAGCCACCUUGUUAGGACAAUGACUACUACCAAUGCACAGAGACAUCUCUUGACUUACAGGUUCGGUGGCAGGGGGAAUUGGGAAACUUUAACUUAUUUACAGAUUGCUACUGUACCGGUAUAUCAUUCUCACACACCCCUCGUUUUCAGAAAUAUGAUUAAAGAAUACACACCUGGAAUGAAUACUGACGUUUCUUAACAACUGCUCUAUUAAAAAUAGUCGCUAUGUUUUACUUUGGUGUAUUUAAAACUCCCAGAGUUUGCCACCAAAGACAAUUACGAAGGAAGUGUUUAUUUGCUUUGAUAUGAAGCAGUGAAAGUGGAAAUGUGAUUGUAAUUGUAGGUGCCCUGAUGGGCCUUUUAAUGAGACGGCUUAUGAAUUGUUUGCGCUGCGGUUGCACUUGCAGGACAAAUGCAGCAGAAACGUGGCAAAGAGUCAAGACUUGUAGAUAAUGGAACAAAUGCACGUUUAGAAAACAAAACAAACGAGUGGUAGGAGAGGUUCCUCAACACGUUUGCUAGGCCAUAAGUACAUUGUAGGGAGGAAUGUUGAAAACACUCAACUAUGCUCACAAUCCUCACCUCUUAAGUGAGAGAAGCCAUUGAGAACUGACAGAAAGGUGAAAAGUUAUUUUUUCAUAUUUGUUGAGCAUUUCAAAUAACAAUAAAAAAAGCCAAUCUAUAAUGUACUCCUUUGAAAAUGAUUUGUAAAAUAAAAGGACAGAAAGUUUGACUAAAUAUUUCUUGAAGGUUUUAUGCGUUCUUUCGCCCUCGGGCUCCUUGUCCCCGUUCACCCUGCUGUUUCCCUUGUAGCUCUUCAAUGAGCUGAAUCGUCUUCGAUGAGGCGGCCCGGAAAUGAAGUUGCUUGAAUCAGAAUCAGGAGAGACAGAGGUUGUUUUUUAUAUUGUGAUAUGUUUUGAUUUUGUGUCUCUUUGUGUUGAUGAAGUCCGUGGUUUUGGUUUUAUUAAAGGUUUUCGAUCGUU